AUAAUGGAACGGCUGUGGUUCUCUUUGCUGUUGCUGGCGGCGGCAUGCAGGGGACAGCCGUGUCCGAAACGCUGUAUGUGCCAGAGCCUUUCUCCAUCGCUCGCUAUCCUCUGCUCCAAGACAGGCUUGCUGUUUGUUCCUGCUGCCAUCGACCGUCGCACCGUGGAGUUACGGCUUCAAGAGAACUUCAUCACAGCCGUCCGAAGGAAAGACUUUGCCAACAUGACCAGUCUGCUACAUCUGACACUGUCGAGAAACACCAUCAGUCAGAUCCUCCCCACAGCUUUCAGUGACCUGCGGCGACUGAGAGCUCUCCACCUAGACUCUAACAGAUUAACUGUGAUCAAGGAUGACCAUUUCAAAGGCCUUACCAACCUACGCCACCUAAUUCUGGCCAACAACCAGCUCCACUCCAUAUCUCCCCAUGCCUUUGAUGACUUCCUGUCAACACUGGAGGAUCUGGACCUCAGUUAUAACAACCUCGCUCAGGUGCCCUGGGACACAAUCGGACGUCUAACCAAUGUCAAUACCCUAAAUAUGGAUCACAACCUCAUAGAAAAUGUUCCCCAAGGAGUAUUCACCAACCUACACAAACUGGCUAGGCUAGACAUGACAUCAAACAAGCUGAAGAAAAUUCCCCCGGACCCACUGUUCCUGAGAAUCCCAGUUUAUGCAAAGUCCAGAGGCAGUCCUCUUACCUCCCUGGUGUUGAGUUUUGGUGGCAACCCCCUUCACUGUAACUGUGAACUUCUUUGGUUAAGGAGACUGACCAGAGAAGAUGACCUGGAGACAUGUGCCUCUCCUUCUGACCUCAGUGCCAAGUAUUUCUGGACAAUACCUGAAGAGGAGUUUAUUUGUGACCCACCCGUGCUGACCCGUAAGUCACCUCAUACAGUUGCUAUGGAGGGCCAGCCUGCCAGCUUGAAGUGCAAAGCAAACGGUGAUCCAGAGCCUGAAGUUCACUGGAUCAGCCCUGAAGGGCGACUUAUAUCUAAUAGCUCCAGAACUUUGGUUUUCCCUAAUGGAAGCCUGGAGAUCAAUGUUACAUCCAUAAAGGAUUCGGGAAACUUCACCUGCAUUGCCUCCAAUGCUGCAGGUGAAUCCACAGGAAGGGUGGAGCUAGUCGUCACCGCAAUGCCUCAUCUGGCAAACAGCACAAGCCGCAGUCGCGACCCGUCCUCUGAACCUGCCCCCUCUGACAUCCUGACCUCCUCUAAGGUUGCUCUCCCCAACAACGAGACAAGAGGGGCAGAACGAAGGGUUUCGUUGGUGGAGCUGACAGGAAACUCUGCACUCAUUAGAUGGAGCAGUCAGACUCCUAUAUCUGGAGUCAGGAUGUUCCAGGUCCAAUACAACAGCUCUGGGGAUGACACACUGGUGUACAGGAUGAUUCCAUCCAGCAGCAAUGACUUCCUGGUCCGUGAUCUUGCCGCUGGGCGUAACUAUGAUCUCUGUGUCCUGGCCGUGUUUGAUGAUGUCAUCACAUCCCUGACUGCAACGCGUCCUCUAGGUUGUCUGUCAUUCACCACAGACACAGAGUUCAGCCAGUGUCAGGCGCUACACAGCCACUUCCUGGGCGGCACUAUGAUAAUCAUCAUAGGUGGGAUUAUCGUGGCUUCUGUGCUGGUUUUCAUCAUCAUCUUAAUGAUAAGAUACAAGGUUUACAGCUACCAAGGGGCAGGCCAUGGAAAAGCAGGCAUUUCUGCAGCUGCGCCAAGACCGCAGAGCAAUGGGCAAGGAGGAGGUGGACAGGUCCAAGUUCUACCUCGUUCUGCCUCAAAAAUGACUGACAGUCAGGAUGACCAAGCACUGAGGCCUUCCAGGGCUAUGUCGCCUAGCAACCCCCUGAGAGACACUGUGGCAUUGGUUGAGGAGGAGAGCAGUGGACGGAGCGUAAUGACAAGGACUGACUCCUUGGCCAAUGAGGAAUUGCUAUCGCCCACCAAGACCCGCUUCUCCUCCAGGGUCGCCAUUGAAAUGAAAAGCAGACCAUCAUCUGUCGCCAAAGAACCCACCUCUCCCAAGGAAUUUGCAGGUAGUAAAGAGACAGAGAUAGGAAGAGAUAGUCAUACUAUAGAGAGGACAGGCAGCUGA